AUGUACUUGACGCCGCUCUGGCGCUCCGCGCUGCGUUCAGAAGGGGCCCGCCUGAGCUCGCCGAGCUGGUCCUCCCCCUCGAGCCGCCGCAGCGCCUCGACGGCGGCGAGCCGCGCCAGCUCCACCUCCUCUGGCGACUCGUCCUUGGGGCGGAAUCGAGGCUGCUUCACGCUACCUUUGUCAGGGCCGCUCCUUAUCGUGUACCGAACGCGCCACGCCUUCUUUGUUGUUUCCCAAGAUGUGCUGGAUGCCGCUCUGGCGCUCCGCGCUGCCGGGCCCACCGUGCCUGGCCGCGGCUAA